AUGACCUUCGGCGGGGCCGGUGGCGGAUAUCGCCACGAACACAACAGCUGGUCGAUCGGCCUCAUACAAGAAGGAGAAGGUGAUGCGGCCUCUUCGAUUCUGUGGGGCCGGCCUCAGGGUGGAUCAGCACCAGACCUGGACGAUUCAGGGGACCUUCGCGAGCAGCCCUUGCCGCGCUGCGCACACUCGGCGACCUUCAUUCCUGCGAGGCUGGCAGGCGCCGAGUAUCCCGAAGGCUGCGUCGCCGUAUUUGGUGGCCAUACGCAGCACUGCACGGAGAGCCUGGCAAACAUGGACAUCCUGUCCCUCAGUAACUGGCAGUGGCGUGCGCUCCCUUUCAUUGAGAAAUCGGAGGCGCUACCCGAGGACUGGCAGAUGCAGCAUCGCCACGGCCACAGUGCCACUCUUUUCGAGGUGGACGGCAGGGGUUACCUCGUCGUCGUGGGAGGAGGCAUAGGCAACAUCCUCGAGAAUUGGGGGGUUCGUGACUUCGGAGACCUCGCUGUUCUGGACUUGGACCCGAGCGGAUGGCGGUGGAUCGGCCACUACAUGUUCCGCCACGACCAUUCCUUGGCUAUGCCAGGGCGACACCACACGGCCUGCAAGGGCUUGGGAGGCAAGCUCCUUUUGAUGGGCGGUGGUCGCCGUCCUGGGCGGCAGGUGUGCGUUGUGGAUGCCGAGCAAUGCAUUCGACGAGCGGUGUGUGGCGAUGCGGUUGGUCAGACUGGUUUGCGGCCGAUUCCGCACCAGGUCCCCAGGCCGGUCGAGGGUGAAGAGGGAUCGGAGGCUGCCUUGCCAGUGGGCCGAAAGAUGCACGGCGCAGCUUGCCUCGCCCCAUGGGCACCACUGGUUGUGAUCUUCGGCGGCUGGGAAACAGGACCUCACUUUAGCGAUCUCUGGGCCUUUGCCAUCGGCAACAGCGCUGAGGACAUUGAGGACUACCGAAUACUCUCGGAGGGCGGAGAGGCAGAGGAACAGGAGGAAGAAGGCGAGGAGGACGGCUCAAACUUCGUCGGGCUGCGCAUGUUGGGACCGGACGGCCAGGUGCGCUUUGUGCGGGUGCCGCAAGAGCUGCUGGCACAAUUUCUCCGCCAGGGCAUGCUGCGGCCAGCAGGCGGAGGUGAGCAGCCGGCUGCAGAAGGCUCUGGCGAGGAAGAACAAGGUUGA